AUGGAUGAACUGAAGCUUCUUUUAGCUCUGAAACUCGCUGAAUUUAAGCUGUUUGAUGAGGCUGAGGAUCUGGUGGAAAGGGCUCUUGAGAUGUCUCCAGAUAGUCCACAUGUGAUUCGAUAUGUGGGAAAAUACCAGAGAAACUAUGGGUCUGUAGACCGGUCCAUUAGUCUGUUAAAAAGAGCAUUGGAUGUUUCUCCAAAUUCAGCAUUCAUACACCAUCAGUUGGCUCUUUGCUAUAAAAAGAUAAAAGAACAAUUCAGGGAGCAGCCUGAGUGUCAGAGAUUUCGUCAUUUAAGCAUCUCACAUUUUGAAAAGGCUAUCACUUUAAAGAGUGACUUCAUUAUUGCAAUGGCACAACUGGCAAUUCUCUACGGUGAGGACGGACAAAUCGAUCGGGCUGAAGAAGUGUUUCAAACAGCCUUGUUCACAGCUAAGGAGAAAACUGAGGGACUACAACAGCUUAACUUGUAUUAUGGGGAGUUCCAGCAGUAUAGAAAAAGAUGUCAACAUCUGGCCAUCAAAUACUACAAGGACUGUUUACAAAUGGCACCUGAUACACGAGAUGGAAAGAAAAGUGCUAAAAAUCUGAGGAAGAUUGCUGACAAGCGUUUAUCUUAUAACACAAAUGACACAAGGGCGUUAGGGAUACUUGAAUUUAUUGAGCAGGUCACAGGUGAGAAACAAUGCACUGCCUGUGAGCAUCUUCUGGAAACUACAAGCUAAAAUAAUGCUUGGUACAAAAACAAACAUAUUUUUGUAUUAAUUGGAAACAUAAAUAGGAGCUGCUAUUGUGUUUGUAGUUUGAGUUUCCAAGUAAAAGUGUAGACUAAAGAUAAGUAAAGCUCAUGCUGUAAUCAAGUGUAGUCAAGUCUGCUUUUAUUGUCAAUUCUUUCACAAGUACAGUACAUACAUACAGAGAAUUGAAAUUGCAUUUUUUUCAGACCCUUAGUACAUACAGAUAACACUAACAGUAGAACAUUUAAAUACAGAUAAUAAAAUAUAAAGUACAACUAUACAAAUAAAGUAAGAUAAGUAAAGCAGCAUGAGCACAGAGUGCAAACUAGUAAACAGUGCAGAUAUAAUGAUUUGUACAGUAAUGCAAAAGAGCUUCUUCAGAGUGCAAGCCAGUAAACAGUGCAGAUGUAAUCAUAACAUAAUCAUAAUCAACAUAAUAUCAGUUUUCUCUUUAAAUCACUACUGGGCUGACUUUGACAAUACAUACCGUCAGUGGCGGCUCGUGACUGCUCAUCCAAGGGGCGCAAAUUCAAAAUAUGUGUUCAGAGUGUCAUGUGUGUUCACCGUGUUUUCAAAAUAUGUGUUUGUUGCGAAUGUAAACCAUGUGCAUCACGUGUUUUGUCAAAAUAAGUGUCUGUUGCACACGCGUCAAAACCGUUUAUGAGAUUAUGUGAGUAUAUUGCAAACGUGAGCAUCUCUUUUAUCAUAAACCCUUUAGAUGCGUCUGCAGCAGGCACUUAUUUUGACAAGACACAUGAUGCACAUAGGAUUACUCGAUGCGCAGAACACAUAUUUGAAAUUACGACCCACACACAUAUGAUGGGCUACAUAAAUGUUGUGAUGAACUUUGCAUCGAGCGCCCUCGAUAAAAGAAGUCACCGGCUGCCACUGCAUACCGUUUUAAAACCGUUUUAUGAAAUCAUGCCUUAAUAUCUUUAAUCACACUGUAAAAAGUUGGAUCAUUUAUUAUGUUUAUCGAACUUUUCACUUUUUACAGUGCAGUCUUUAACCAUAAAUUAAAAAAUAUCUUUAUCUAUGCAUUUGAUUGUAAAUAACAUUUUAUUAAUAUAAUAUCUUUAUGAAUUGAUUUCUAGCUAUUAUUUGUUUUUACACAAAUUUAUAUAAAUAAAAAAUAAAUAACUUUAAUAAAAUC